AUGAGUCGCUCCUUCAACUUUCGACGUGAAUUUACAAGCGAAAGGCGUAACCUCCCUAUACUCAAUCUCUUUUCUCCUUUCCUCAGUCCUCCCUAUACUCAGUCUUCUCCUUUGCUCAGUUGUCACUAUACUCAGUCUUCUCCUUUCCUCAGUCCUUCCUAUACUCAGUCUUCUCUGUUACUCAGUCCUGUCUUUAAUCAAGUUUUUCUCUUUUACUCAGUCCUCCCUAUACUCAGUCUUCUCUUUUACUCAGUCCUCCCUAUGCUCAUCCUCCAUAUACUCAGUCUUCUCCUUUACUCUGUCCUCCCUAUACUCAGUCUUUACUCUGUCCUCCCUAUGCUCAGUCUUUACUCAGUACUCCCUAUACUCAGUCUUUUCUCCUUCACUCAGUCCUCCCUAUACUCAUCCUCCCUAUACUCAGUCCUCCCUAUACUCAGUCUUUUCUCCUUUACUCAGUCCUCCAUAUACGCAGUCUUCUCUAUGCUCAGUCUUUUUCUCCUUUCCUCAAUCCUCCAUAUACCCAAUCUUCUCCUUUACUCCGUCCUCUCUAUACUCAGUCUCCUCAUUUACUCAGUCUCCUCAUUUACUCAGUCCUCCCUAUACUCAUUCUUUUCUCCUUUACUCAGUCCUCCAUAUACCCAAUCUUCUCCUUUACUCCGUCCUCUCUAUACUCAGUCUCCUCAUUUACUCAGUCUCCUCAUUUACUCAGUCCUCCCUAUACUCAUUCUUUUCUCCUUUACUCAGUCCUCCAUAUACCCAAUCUUCUCCUUUACUCCGUCCUCUCUAUACUCCAGUCUCCUCAUUUACUCAGUCUCCUCAUUUACUCAGUCCUCCCUAUACUCAUUCUUUUCUCCUUUUUACUCAGUCCUCCAUAUACCCAAUCUUCUCCUUUACUCCGUCCUCUCUAUACUCAGUCUCCUCAUUUACUCAGUCUCCUCAUUUACUCAGUCCUCCCUAUACUCAUUCUUUUCUCCUUUACUCAGUCCUCCAUAUACCCAAUCUUCUCCUUUAUCCGUCCUCUCUAUACUCAGUCUCCUCAUUUACUCAGUCUCCUCAUUUACUCAGUCCUCCCUAUACUCAUUCUUUUCUCCUUUACUCAGUCCUCCAUAUACCCAAUCUUCUCCUUUACUCCGUCCUCUCUAUACUCAGUCUCCUCAUUUACUCAGUCUCCUCAUUUAUUCAGUCCUCCCUAUACUCAUUCUUUUCUCCUUUACUCCGAGUCGCUCUUUCUUUCUUUCUUUCUUUCUUUCUUUCUUUCUUUCUUUUCUCCCAAAUUUCUAUUUUCAAACUAUCUUUCUUUAUUUAUUUCUUUAUUUAUUUACUUCUUUCUUUCUUUCUUUCUUUCUUUCUGUCCCUUUUCUCGCUUUCUUUCUUUCUUUCUUUCUUUCUUUCUUUCUUUCUUUCUUUCUUUCUUUCUUUCUUCUCCCGUUUCCUCCAUUACUUCUUUUAUUUCUCUGUUUCUUCUUUUAUUUUGUUUGCUCUUUUUGUUUCUUUCUUAUCAUAUUUUCUUUCUUUUUCUCUUCUCUUGCUUCUUCCAUUACUUCUUUAUUUCUCUGUUUUUUUUUUCUUUUAUUUUGUUCGCUCACUCUUUUUCUUACUCAUACUAUUUCUUUCUUUUUCUUUCUUCAUUUCUUCUCUCACUUCUUACUUCUUCCGUUUUAUCCAUUACAUAUUUAUCUCUCUGUUUCUUCUUUGUUUCUUUUUACUUUCUUUCUUUCUUUCUUUCUUUCUUUCUUUCUUUCUUUCUUUCUUCUCAUUUUUAUUUUCCUCUUUUUAUUUCUUUCUCAAACUGUUCUAUCUAUCUAUCUAUCUAUCUAUCUAUCUAUCUAUCUAUCUAUCUAUCUAUUCCAGUUCUUUCUUUUUCUGUCUAUCUACAUUUCAAUCUAUAUGUCACUGCCAGUUAUUUCUUUUGUCUUCUUUACUUUUCUUUCUUUCUUUCUUUCUUUCUUCUCAUUUUUAUUUUCCUCUUUUUCUUUCUUUCUCAAACUGUUCUAUCUAUCUAUCUAUCUAUCUAUCUAUCUAUCUAUCUAUCUAUUCCAGUUCUUUCUUUUUCUGUCUAUCUACAUUUCAAUCUAUAUGUCACUGCCAGUUAUUUCUUUUGUCUUCUUUACUUUUCUUUCUUUCUUCUCAUUUUUAUUUUCCUCUUUUUCUUUCUUUCUCAAACUGUUCUAUCUAUCUAUCUAUCUAUCUAUCUAUCUAUCUAUCUAUCUAUCUAUCUAUUCCAGUUCUUUCUUUUUCUAUCUAUCUACAUUUCAAUCUAUAUGUCACUGCCAGUUAUUUCUUUUGUCUUCUUUACUUUUCUUUCUUUCUUUCUUUCUUUCUUUCUUUCUUUCUUCUCAUUUUUAUUUUCCUCUUUUUCUUUGCUUCAUUCCUUCAAAUUAUUUCCCCUCCUUUUCUUUAAUUGAUUUUUUCAUUCUAACUAAAAUUUCUUUCAUUUUCCGUUUUUCCUUUUCUUUCUUUCAAUCUUUCUUUCUUUAUUUAUUUUCUCACAAUAAUAUUUUUUCUGACAUUUUUAUAUUUUAUUUCUUCUUUCUUUCGUCUUCUUUAAAUCCCCCCUCUAUUCAUUUUUAUUUUUCUCUUUUUCUCGUUCUGCCUGUCAUUCUUUCUUUCAUUCUUUCUUUCACAUUUUCUUUUUUUUCUUUCCUUCUUUCUUUCUUUCUUUCUUUUAUCUGUGGUAUUAAUCUCAUCUUUUACUUUCUUUCACUCUUUCUUUUUUUCUUUCUUUCUUUCUUUUAUCUGUGUGUAUUAAUAUUAUCUUUUUCUUUCUUUCAUUCUUUCUUCUUUCUUUCUUUCUUUUAUCUGUGUGUAUUAAUAUUAUCUUUUACUGUCUUUCCCUCUUUCUUUUUUCUUUCUUUCUUUUAUCUGUGUGUAUUAAUAUUAUCUUUUUCUUUCUUUCACUCUUUCUUCUUUCUUUCUUUCUUUCUUUUAUCUGCGGUAUUAAUCUCAUCUUUUUCUUUGAAACUUCUUUUCUAA